UAUUUAGAUACACACACACACACACACAAGUUGGUUCUUGUCCCUUGAGCGAGGAAGAUAAUCCUCUCCUCAUUUUCUUGAUCAUAAGUGCCCGUCGGUCAGAAAACAAACUCAGCGCAAGGCAUAGUUUAAAUGUUUCUGUUCAUAAUCCCAGCAUGGCUUCCCCUCUUGUUGCUGCUCUCCGUUCUGCUGGUAAUGAUGAAGAAAGUGAUCGAGUCAAAGAAGCAGCAUCCUCCAGGUCCUCCAGGUCUGCCCCUCAUUGGUAAUAUGCACCAACUUGACGCACUUGUUCAUCAAUCUCUCUGGCAGAUGUCAAAGAAAUACGGCCCUGUAAUCCGAUUGAAGCUUGGAAGUGUAUCUUUAGUCGUCGUCUCCUCAGCCGAAACUGCAAGACAGAUUCUCAAAGUUCACGACAUCGAGACUUGCAGCCGACCCAAAUUGCUAGCCACAGGCAUUUUUUCUUACAAUUAUCUCGACAUAGGUUUUACUCCUUUUGGCGAAUACUGGAAGGAGGUCCGCAGGAUUAGCGUUCAUGAGCUUUUCAGCAACAGUAGAGUCCAGUCAUUUAGGUACAUCAGAGAGGAAGAGGUUGCUUUACUCGUUCGAUCAAUCUCUGAAUCUUCUGCUUCCAACUCACCUGUGGAUUUAACCGAGAAGCUGUUUUUCCUGACGUCGGAUGUGAUCAGGAGGGUUGCAUUCGGAGGCAAUUUUGAGAAGAAUAAAUGCGAGAAGGGGGGGUUUCAAAGGGAGAUCAACGAAACAAUGACGAUUAUUGGAUCCUUCGCUGCUUCUGAUUUUUUUCCUUAUGUUGGAUGGAUUGUUGCUAGGCUCACAGGUCUAAAAGGUAGGCUCCAGAAGAGUGUACAAGCACUGGAUGCUUUUCUGCAAGAGACAAUUGAUAAGUAUGAAGGACAUAACGUAGAAGAAGGGAACGAGGAUCUUAUUGAUGUGCUCUUAAAGAUAGAGAAGCAGCACAAGGAACAGGGGUCUGCUACUCUCACCAGAACUCAUAUCAAAGCAAUCCUCAUGGAUGUAUAUGUGGGUGCAAUUGGUACUUCGCAAAUCACCAUGGUAUGGGCGUUAUCAGAGCUGAUGAGGAACCCAAGAGUGCUGAAGAAAGUACAAGCUGAGAUUAGAGAUGUUAUAGGAAACAAAGGAAAAGUCAACGAAGAUGAUGUUGAAAAACUUGAAUACCUGACCAUGGUGGUGAAAGAGACCUGGAGACUUCACCCUCCAGCUCCACUUCUGGCUCCAAGAGAGGUCAUGUCCCAGUUUGAGGUCAACGGUUACAAGAUAUACCCAAAGACCAGAAUCCAUGUCAACGUAUGGGCCAUCGGACGAGAUCCCAAGAUUUGGAAGGAGCCAGAAGAGUUCUUGCCGGAGAGAUUUGCGGGAAGCCCGAUUGAUUUCAAAGGACAGCACUUUGAGUUGUUGCCGUUCGGUGGAGGACGCAGAAUUUGUCCGGGUAGCAACAUGGCAAACACAUUGUUGCAGCUUACACUUGCAAAUCUUUUAUAUCGUUUUGACUGGAUGUUACCAGAAAGGUUGAGCAAGGAAGAUAUCAACAUGGACGAAGCUCCUGGUAUCACUCUUCAAAAGAAGACCCAUCUUGUGCUUGUUCCUGUUGCCCAUGUCUGAUCUUCUCAAAACACAUCUGUUCUCAAUGGUCUGCCCUGUAGAAUUAAUUUAAGAGCUUUUUCAUUUGCUUAAUUCCUAGGACCGAAUCAUUUUGGUUUUCUCGUUUCCGCAGUAAAUGAUAAUUUGGUUUUAUUGGAAUUCAGAUGUCAUAAUUGUGUCAUUUACAUGAAAA